GCGGAUCAUUGUCAUCGCAAUACAUAAAGAGGCUUGAUAUUAAAAUAAUAACUGCGCUUCGAUACUAUGUCCAAUUUCAGCUGGAUACGCGAUCACAAUGGCUGACCGUUGCAAAAACUCUGGGCUUCCCUGACAAGGGCAUCAUCGGAGUAGCCGGCUACCACCUGCAUACAAAGCAUUUGAUAGAUUUGCUCAGUAGUGUCACAAGUUUUCCGAUAUGCGAAGAGGAAGACGAGGAUAAAUGUGUGCCUCGCUGCGAUAACGUGGCCUGGGCGUGUGUGUUGGUCGACGAGGGCGGGUGGGUCGUCGCGAGAGACAAGCCCGAGGAGGAACAAAGAUCUGAAGACGAGGAUGACGUCACGGAGCAUCUCGCCACUCUGUACCCGACGGCUAUGGGCGCUCUGCUUAAUGCCUCUGUGUUCGAACUUAACUGGAUACAUGACUACCAAGGCGUCUGUUUCCCGCCGAAAGAUGAAAAAUCCAACUUCAGCCCGACGAUGCCAUCUAUUCUAAGAUCGUUAUGGCACUCAGCUCAGUCAAUAUUGCGCAUCACACAAGAGUUGGCAACAUUUUUACUCGUAUUAAACUCAGCAAUGAGUGUAUCAGCAGAAACAGAAAAAGAAAAGCAGAAACGUCGAAACCGUUUGUGGCGCGAUAAUGAGCGAGAGAAAUAUGAAAGUUUGUACGACGACCGCGUGCUCAUCAAUAGGACGAGAUUCGCUGCUUGCGAUAGAUCUCGGCCCUUCUACCAGAUGCAGCGUACACCAAAAGCCAUGGAGAUGUUGAAAACCUCCGAAGCCUUGCAAAUGGCCGCUGGUAGGUGCCAUAGUACCGAAGACUAACCUGUUGCUUUUGGCUGUAUAUCUCAAGUGUCCUUAUAAAGGCAGACCAAUACCUGACCCGCUAGUCAAUGAACAGUAUCUGGAAGUAGACGAGGACGCGGUGGGUCCGGACGCGAGCUCCGCGAGCAAGCUGGCGUGCUGGCGCAACCGCGAGCCGCUGCCGGCGCGCCGCGCGCACACGCAGUGCUACCCGCACCGCUACUCGCAGGAGGCUGGGUACAGACAAUGCGGCCCCUGGCUGCCCAAUCCAGAACAAGACCACUCCACUCGCCAAGAACUUUCCUCGUUCCUAUUUGUUAUUAUUUUACUACUACCGCUUACCUUUUCAUAAUAACUUCAUUAUAUUUGAUACUUGAGUUGUACUCAACGAAUAAUACCCAGUUUUAAUUGCUGAAUUAUUUAAGUAGCUCUGUUAUUUAAAUAAAACUACACA